UAUUUUUGAUCAGGCAUACUUUAAGGCAGCUAAGCAGAUCAAGCAUGUGGUGCUGUUCUUUGUGAGUGUGUUUGGAGGAAGUGAGUGAAGACUGCUGCUGUGAAGAAGAACCACUUGUCUUUGCAUCCGGUUGUGAACGUGCAACGGCGCGUGUGCUGUUGUGUGUGCGUGUUGUGUGUCUGCGAAGUGUGUUUGCAGUUAGAGCGAAUUCCAGUAUGAAGAGAGGCAAGGCGGCAGAGGAUGCGGCUGGAGAUGGGGAGAAUGACACCGGCAACGCUUCUGCAAAGAAAACAAAGAAGACUAAGGAACCAGAGGCCCCGAUAUUGUACGAUGAUCCUCCCGACAAAAUGACCAGCAAAGAUGGACGUGACGCCAACAUGAAGAUCACCUCCUGGAACGUGGACGGCCUGAGGGCCUGGGUGAAAAAGAAGGGCCUGGAUUGGGUGCGUGAGGAGGCUCCAGAUGUUUUGUGCCUGCAGGAGACAAAGUGUGCAGAGAAAUCCCUCCCCGCUGACAUCACCUCAAUGCCUGAGUACCCUCACAAGUACUGGGCCAAUUCAAAGGAAAAGGAGGGUUACAGUGGUGUGGCCAUGCUCUGCAAGACUGAACCCAUCAAAGUUACCUAUGGCAUUGGUAAAGAAGAGCAUGACAAGGAGGGCCGCGUCAUCACUGCCGAGUUCGCCAACUUCUUCCUGGUGACCACCUACGUGCCAAACUCCGGCCGAGGCCUCGUGCGCCUCGAUUACCGCAAAACCUGGGACGUGGACUUCCGGGCGUACCUCAGCGAGCUGGACAUGCAGAAGCCCCUGGUGCUGUGCGGCGACCUCAACGUCGCGCACCAGGAGGUCGACCUGAAGAACCCCAAGGGGAACAAGAAAAACGCCGGCUUCACCGCGGAGGAGCGCGAGGGCUUCAGCCAGCUGCUGGAGUCCGGCUUCACCGACAGCUUCCGCGAGCUCUACCCGGAGCAGACCAACGCCUACACCUUCUGGACCUACAUGAUGAACGCCCGCGGGAAGAACGUGGGCUGGAGGCUCGACUACUUCGUGGUGUCAUCCAGCCUGCUGCCGGGCCUGUGCGACAGCAAGAUCCGCAACAAGGCUUUGGGAAGCGACCACUGCCCCAUCACUCUGCACCUAGCUGUGUAGGUCACUGUCUGAGCAGGGCGUUACAUAGCCCUCACUGUUUUCUUAGUACUUCCAACUAUUUCAGUAGGAUCAGCAGUGGCUUAGUUGUCUUUUAACUUUUUCAGUUUCUCAACUUUCAUAAAAUUACCCCACAGCACAAUUCAUAAUGUCUUUUCAUACAAUUGAAGUUUGUCAGUAAAUCCCAGUGAUGUUCACCUCUUCCCUCUCAGCUAUUCUUUAACACUAAAAUACCCAAAAGAUGUCUAAGCUCAACAAUGCCCUGUGACUGGCUGUGGAACGGCGUCACAGUGUGGCUCCUGUCUGUACUACUGCUGACCUGAGACCAGCCUCAAUGCCACAGAGCCUGCAGUAUGUGUUACUGUCUGAAAUUAAACUACUGCUGUUAAAAAAAAAAACUUGUUCUAGCACAAAAUAAUGUUUUAAGCCUCUUUUCCAAAGCAGUGUUACAUUUUUUUUUCUGUCGUAAAACAUGCCCAAAAUAAAGACUGGAUUUAUGUAC